UUACACAAUGUUUCCCGUUGAGUUGAGAGAUGUGUUAUGCAGUUAUACAGGUUUCGGUGGUUACAUCAGGUUAUACAGUUUAAUUCCAGUGCAUGCAGUGUGGAAAUACACAGUAUUAUGAGCUUUUAAGUGGGUGGAAGAACUGGGGAAAACUGGUCAUGUUUUAAAAGGCAGCUAGCUUUUAUUAUUUAUACAUAAAACAAUGGAUGGCGUGGAAGGAGCUGAAGGUGGAGAAAACGUGUUGGAUUUGUCCCAUUUGAACUUAAACAGUGUGAAUUUUGAGACUCUGAGUGAAAAACGGAGGACGGAAACAACCGAGCUUCACCUCAGCUAUAACAGACUGGCGGCACUUCCGGUCUCCAUCAGCCGCUUCACGAGCCUCGAAUUUCUGGACGUGAGUAAUAAUGGACUGUCGAUCCUGAGCGACGCCGUUACCGGUCUGACCCGACUCAAGACUUUCAUCGCCAAAAACAACCGCCUGGAUGAGUUCUCUCUGCCCAAAGACCUCAGCUCGUUACAGAGGCUCGAGGUGGUCAAUCUCAGCGGGAACCGCUUCGAGGAGAUCCCCAAACAACUGCUGCAGUUACAGCGACUACACUCACUGUCCUUGGGGGGAAACCGCCUCAAACAUAUCCCUCCUGAGAUAGACAUCCUCACCAGUUUGGAGCUGCUGUAUUUAGGAGGAAACAUGAUCUCAUCAAUCCCAGUGGAGCUGGCCAACCUGCCUGUGCUCAGUUACUUGGCUCUGUGUGACAACCGCAUCCAGAGCAUCCCACCACAGUUCACCAGGCUCCACUCCCUGCGUUCUCUCAGUCUCCAUAAUAAUCUCCUGACCUAUUUGCCGCGUGAAAUCCUUAGCCUAGUGCAGCUUCAGGAGCUCAGUCUCCGUGGCAACCCACUGGUCGUGCGCUUCAUUAAGGACAUGACCUAUGACCCCCCGUCGCUACUGGAGCUGGCAGGUCGCACCGUUAAAACGCGUAACCUCCGCUACUCGGAGCAGGACCUGCCCGCGGACCUCGUCAAAUACCUGGACCUGGCCAGCAAGUGCCCUAACCCCAAGUGCGGAGGUGUGUACUUUGACUCGUGCGUGCGCCACAUCAAGUUUGUGGACUUUUGCGGGAAGUACCGGCUGCCGCUCAUGCACUACCUGUGCUCCCCAGAAUGCACCUCUCCCUGCAGCUCCAACCCUCAGAGCGACGCAGACUCGGACGACGACCAGUCCGUCCCGGCCGAUCGGCUGCAGAGAGUGUUGCUGGGGUAGCACGCUCACACACACACGCUCUCCUACACUCUCACACUCUCCUACACUCUCACACUCUCUCUCUCUCUCUCUCUCUCUGACGCUCUCUCUGUCUGACUCUCUAUCUCUCUCUUGCUGUCUCUCUCUCUCGCUCUGACAGCUCCAGCUUCUUCAAAAGCACUGAAUUUCACAGCCCACCUGAUUCAGUCUGUCAACUAAAGCCAAAAAUGCUUUUUAUUUUCACUCCAGUACAUUGACCCUGCCAUCCCUCUCCCAUUGCUCCAUCUUAAGAUCUAUUUCAGUUCUUAUUAGCUCACGUGAAGUUUGGUAGCUGAGCCUAGGCAUGGCGUGAAUGUAAAACGAAGUUACUGCAGUCUGCUGAAAUUCCGCCUUUUCAUAAAAUAUAAGAUUUUAUGACAUUGCUGCAUUAAAAGCAAACUAGCUAAAAAAAAAA